GCAGUGGUUCGUUCCUGGAAACAACGUCAGAGUGAGAGCUCUGUCCUGUCUCCUCCUCUGUGUCACUCUCUGUGCUAGCAGCUCCGUCUCCUCCGCUAGCUUAGCCUGCUAGCUAGCAGCCCAGGUAAACAUGGCCAUGUCGCAGGCUCUAUCAGAGGAGGAGUUUCAUCGGAUGCAGGCUCAGCUGUUGGAGCUGCGGACUCAGAACUAUCAGCUGUCUGAUGAUCUCAGGAAGAACACGACAGAACUGAACGCUGUCCGUCAGAAGAAUGUGGUUUUGGAACGAGAUUUUGUCAAAGCACAGAAGGCUCUAAAUAAGAGUAAAAAAGCACAGGAGGUGGAUGCACUGCUGAGUGAGAACGAGAUGCUUCAGGGGAAGCUCCACAGUCAGGAGGAAGACUUCAGGCUACAGAACAGCACGCUGAUGACUGAGCUGUCCAAGCUGUGUACACAGAUUGAACAGCUGGAACAGGAGAACCACGGCCUGAAGGAAGGAGGAGGCGCCUCUCUGUCCAGCCCCCCUCCCAACCCUCCCCCCAGUCCUUCUGAUGGAGAGCUGCUCCGCCUCCAGGCUGAGAACUCCACCCUCCAGAAGAAACUGAAAGCUCUCCAGGAGCACUACGACAAAGAGCUGCAGAGACAGGCCGUCGCCCAGGGCAACCACGGUGCUACAGCGGAGCCCGACGGGUCAGCCAGCAGUGGUGCAGUCUCUGAUGCCACAGGGAGAGGGGAGGAGCCAGCAGCAGAGGGAACCAAUGAGAGACUGGAACAGAUGGAGGCUCAGCUGCAGCAGAGAGACAAACAAUUACAUGCGCCCCCUUUAGGCCUGUCAGAGAAGAGCGUAGAGAAGAUUGUAGCUAAGCAGGCAGCGCUAGGCUGGUCGGCUGCUCUCUGUCCAAUAACUCACUGCUUUGGACCAGAGCUGGAGAUGGCACUGAACACCGAGCAGGAGGAGAAGAGGCUGCUGAGGGAGCAGAUCCAAAACCUUGAGGUGUCCAAACAGGCCGAAGUCACCAAACUGCAGGAGGAGAUAACAAAGCUGUCUGACAAGUUAAAGAAGAAGCAGGAGAGUUUUCAGCGUCUGCAGGGAGAGAAGGAGGCUCUGUACAACGACAGCAGGACAAAAAUCGAUGAGAUCAACCAGAGGAAAGAGGAGGAGCUGAAGGUCAUGAACGUCCGCAUCCAGAAACUGCAGUCUGACCUCCAGGCAGCCAAUCAGAUGACAGCCGAGCUGAGAGAGCAACUGCAGAGCAAAGAGAAGGAACAUGAACUGGCUCUGCACACUCUGAAAGACCAGGCAGCCAGUCAGAGUGCAGUCAGUCAGGAGCAGGUGGACAACAUCCUGCAGGAGAACGAUGCUCUGAGGACAAACCUAGCAGCUCUAGAACAGAUCCAGACGGUGAAGACCCAGGAGAUGAAUUUGUUGCGUGAGCAGCAGGAGGCGCUGAUGGCCGAGCUGCAGCAGAGACGAGCUGAGCAGGAGAGUUUGUUGGCUCAGAGAGACGACCUCGACUCACAGCUGCAGGAGUCGAGUUUUGCGAGCAGGAAGUUGUUGGAACAGCUGACAGAAGAAGGACUAGAGAAAGAGAGGCUGCUGAGAGAGCUGGACGAGGCUAAGAAGAUGGCAGAGAAGAGGAAGGCCAUGUUGGAUGACAUGGCCAUGCAGCUGAACCAGGAGAAGUUCGACCAUAAGGAGGCGCUGUCAGACCUCAAGCUGCAGCAUGAGAAGGAGGUUCUUGGGGUGAGGGCUCGAUAUGAGAAGGAGCUCCGAGGACUCCACGAAGACAAGAAUCGCUCCGAGGAAGAGAUCCGCCAGCAGCUUCGAGACGAGAAGGCCCGUACGAAGGAUCUGGAGGGGCUUCAGCAGAAGGUGGAGGAGCUGCAGACUCAGGUCCAGUCCAUGGAGGGAACCAAAGGCUGGUUCGAGAGGCGACUCAAGGAGGCAGAGGAGAACAUAGAGAAGAAGUCUGUGGAGCAUCAGGAGGACAUCAGGCGGCUGCAGAGAGAACACACACUGCAGCUGCAGGCGAAGCAGUCAGAGAUGGAGGGACUGGAGCAGCAGCUGGUGGAGGUGGAGAAACAGAGGGAUGAACACAGCGACACCAUCGGAAAACUCAAACAGGAGAUAAAGGACACUGUGGAUGGUCAGAGGAUUCUGGAGAAGAAGGGGAGUGCAGCGCUGAAGGAUCUGAAGCGGCAGCUGCACCUGGAGAGGAAGCGAGCGGACAAACUGCAGGAGAGACUCCAGGAGAUACUGACCAACAGCAAGACCAGGACAGGUCUGGAGGAGCUGGUUCUGUCAGAGAUCAACAGUCCCAGUCGGACUCAGCAGACCGGAGACUCGUCCUCCGUCUCCUCCUUCUCCUACAAAGACAUGAUGAAGGAGGCUGAGCCGUCCAGUCAGAACAAGUCUGGGGGGGGCAGCCCUCAGUCUCAGCGUCCUGCCGAUCUGUCCGAUGACGAGGUGGUAGAGUUGUUCCAGCGACUCGCCGAGGUCCAGCAGGAGAAAUGGAUGCUGCAGGAGAAGGUGAAACAUCUGGAGGUGAGCUGUUCAUCGAUGGCUGAGGACAUCUGCAGGAAGAGCGCCAUCAUAGAGGCAUACGUGAUGGACAGUCGCAGAGAUGUGUCGGGCAGUGCGGUCGGGCACGGAGGCUCUCAGGGAGACAGAGGAGGUCUGGGUUCGGUCCUCAGAGAUUUGGUGAAACCAGGAGAUGAGAAUCUGAGAGAGAUGAACAAGAAACUGCAGCACAUGUUGGAGGAGCAGCUGACCAAGAACAUGCACCUGCAGAAGGACCUGGAGGUUAUGUCCCAGGAAAUAGUCCGUCUCAGUAAAGAGAGCAGUCCUAAUGGCGGUGCAGCUGGAUCAGGAUGAGACUAUCGCCUGGAUUCAUCCGUCCAUUCUCUUCCUUCUCACUGCUAUUGCUCACCUUGGCUGGAAAGUCUGGAAAUCUUCUUCCUUUCCCCAUGUGCUGCAGCCACUGACUACCAUCUGGAGCAGUUAAGAUAUCACCACUUCAGUCUGCCUAACAGGCUAUGACUAAAUGCUGGAAAUGUCCACCUAUUGUUUCUCAGUGAUGAGCAAAACUCAAAAAGUUCAGAAGAACUACUUAGAGACCAGAGGAAUGGAAAACCUGGGAACAUUGGAAGUGGGGCUCAGCUCAUUUAUGUUGCUACUGAAUGUACUGUAAUUACACUGCACCACUCUGAGUCCUAGCUACAACUUGGAAAACACACAUUGUUACUGACCGAGUCUUACCUUC